CAAAUUCUGAAAUUUACUUAUUUACUUGCUUGUUCAUACUAGCUUGAAUCUUAAAUCUGAAUGAAUAAUCUGCUGCGCUACCGGUCACAGAAGGACAUCAGCCAUGCAAAACUUGUCGUGCCUACUUGUGAGAUGGCACUAUCGUAGUACAUUUGCUUGCUAAUGAUGCCUGUCCAUCCAUCAUUAGAUCCGUACAGGGUGUGCGACAUACGAUGCGACAUUUCUCAGAAAGACAGCUCCAAGGCCAAGGAACUGCUAGAGAGAGUGGCAAAACAGGUACAGCCUGUGAUGCGCAAGCACUCUUGGAGCGUGCCACUCCUCUCAGAACUUUAUUCUUGUAAUAGCAGGGUCUGGGGACUCAACAUUGGGGGUGGCGGUGGGACAACCAAGGAAAUCAAGCUGCGGCUGCGAGAAAGUGGCAGCAGCGCGUCUUUCCUGUCCUACGAUUUCAUCCUCGGCACGAUGCUGCAUGAGCUCGUCCACAACGUGCAUGGUCCUCACAAUGCCACUUUCUAUGCACUGCUGGAUAAGAUCAAUGAUGAGCUGGAUGAAUUUAUCGCAAAGGGGAUUACUGGGACAGGGGAAGGGUUUGAUGCGCCAUCGAUGGGUCGGUUGGGCGCAGGAGGGUUUGGUGGCCACAAUCCCAGCCCUGCUCUAUUGCGCAAUAAGAUGCUGCAGGCCGCUGAGGCACGCGCGCGGACUGGGAACCUGAUGCAGAAAGGGCCCCACCGCUUGGGAGGGAUCAGCCAGAAUUUGACACCACAACAGGAGGCCUUAGGCAGCGCCAGCGCUCAGUCCAGCGCUGCCGCAAUCGCUGCUACAGGGCCGCAUCAUGUUCUGUACAAGGAAAAUGCCGUCACAGGGGAGACCGCGCCGCCUAGCAGCACAGACCUGCUGCUGGCAGAUGACACCAGGGUGUGGGAGCCGCUCAGGCCUAUCUGGCAGCGCCUCCGCUUAGCUACCAUCUGCCAGCUCUGGGCCGCCUACCAGCGCGGCCAUCAUCAGCCGGACGCCCACACAUCGCCCGGGCAGCUCGCAGUCCGCAUCUUGUCGUCCUGCAUUAAGGCUCUCCUAGCCGACUGGCGAAUUGCCACCGCCUACAUCCAGCUGCGCAAGCUUACAGAAGACCACCCUGCCCAGGGCUUUAGGCUAUCAAUAGUUUUCCACGACUGGCUCAGGGGACGCGACCCCACACUCAGCCGGGAACAGUUCAUAGCGCGCUGGCGCCACCGCGGAGUCCUCUGCACAAUGGACGCCCUGCCGGACGCUCAGCCAGUCGUCCGCUGGAGCGCACAGUACCCAAUUGCCGCGACGGAGCUCCUUGCGCCUUCACCAUUUGCCAGCGCGGAAUGGGGCCUGAAGCAUGCGGCCCCCAGUACCGAGUACCACCGGUCGAAGGACCCGCCGAGCUCAGCUCUGCACGGUCCCUGGGGUGCACCCUCGACCCGCGAGACACUGGCCUCACCCCCCAGUGUUGCUGGAGGCAGGGGUCACAGCAAAGCAGUGACAGCAAAGCAGAUGAGUAUUCCUCGGCCGGGCGGCUCAGUCGUGGGCCCCGCUACCAGUGGAGAUCAAGACCGGAGCGCCGAAGCGCCGUCGCUAGCCAAGGCAGGCCACCUGUUUAAGGCCAAGGCAGGCCACCUGUUUAAGGUCAAGGCAGGCCGGAGGACUCCGCGGUGGCACCAGCGCGCUGUGAACUCUUCCCGGCUCAGUGUGGGGUUGCGUCCCCGGAGCCAGUCGCUGAGCACGCCCGCUGACAGCCGGAUGUUGGCGGUGGCAAGUUGCCAGUCGGCCAGGAGAGCCUUCCUGCAGGAAGAUGCGGGCUGCGAGCUGCCCGGGCGAUGUGUGGGCGUCCGGCUGAUGACGGCCGAACUGGUAGGCGGCCCAGAGCUGGCAGAUGGCGCCGACGAAGAGCUUGCCGUGAAGCAGUCGUCAGGCCGUGAUGCGCUGCCGCCGGUCGAGAUGGGAAGUGUGAAUGACCCUCCACACAUGCGCCCAAGGUGCGGCCUGCCCGGCAGCGGGCGCGGCGGCGUCCACUGUCGCGGGGUGGCUGAUCCUGACGAGGCCCUCCCAGGCAAGAGGCUGCCCGUCGGCGGCUGUGAGCUGCCUGUUGAAGAAGAGCGGCUUGCUGAGGACCGCGUCGUGGCUGAGCUCGUCUGGCUGCGCGUGACAGCGUGGAGGCUGCUGCAUGGCCAGCUCUUCGUCGGCGGCUUCGCGCGUCACGUCCACCGCGCCGAUCCCGCCGGUCACGUUUGCCCGCAUCCGAGCUGUGCAGGUCAGCUGGCCACACUCACCCAUGUCUUCAUCAUCUGCCCUCUCGCCGCCGGGGUGUGGGACUGGUUCGCAGCGACAUGGGCCGCGGUGACCGGAGACGACGCGCCACCGCGCAGCGCCGACCUUCUUCUCGCCGAUGACACCAGGAUCUGGGGACCGCCGCGGCAGCUCAGGCAGCUCUGGGAUCGCCUGCGGCUCGCUACAAUCUGUCAGCUGUGGGCAGCAUAUCAGCGCGGCCGCCACCAGCCAGAUGCGGCGGCGAUCACCCCCGGAGCGGUUGCGGCUCGCAUCCUGUCUUCCUGCAAGAAGGCCCUGCUUGCCGAUUGGCGGCUCGCGACCGUCAACGUCCGGCAGACAGCAGGUGUGCUCAGCGACUGGCUUCGCGGACGCGACCCGAUGAUCACCAGGGAGCAGUUUGCGGCGCGAUGGUGCCACCGCGCGGUCCUCUGCGCGCUGGAGGAGCUGCCGGGCGCGCAACCAGUCAUCCACUGGAGUGCCCAGCAUCCCGUGCCGCUUCCAGCGUGA